AUGUUUAGGCUCAUCGCCAGUAAUACCCAGACAGGCUUGAGGCCCGUCCUUCUUCGUAAGGUCAGGGGAAACUCCUCGGGCCUUAAGUUGGCGCCUAAUAUGAGCCUAGAGCCCAGCUUCGAAUGCCAGAAUCAUUACGCCGUCCAGAUAGCACGCAGUAACAGCACGAAAGCGGCCGCAAGCACAGCUUCAAACAAUCUCAAUUUGAAUCAGACGAUACAAGACAGUGCCCAGUUUACUUCAACCAGCCGGAAAGACUCAGAGAAGGUUGAUGAAUUCAAGGAUUUACUUCUGAAGGUCGGCAAGAAGCGCCCUAUCAACGGCAGAGGCAGAGCAGACAUCUUACGUGAUUUGCAGCAGCUCUUUUCCGAUGACGAUGUCAAAGCUGGUCUCACUUCCGAUCAGCUUCAACGCUACGCAGAGUUUCUUGAUAACUUCAUGUACCAAAACAGAAGACACCGUCUUUCGUCCAGCCUGAACCGUGACAGCGACCAUUAUCAGAACCACACCUUGAACAAUGACAUCGCUUUGAAAUCGGCCAUCUUGGAUAUCGCAGAUGGUGUCAUUCGUGGCGUGCUCCAGGAGAACAUGAGCUCCCGCGGUCUCUACCACCUUUUUCAAGCCAUGCUUCAAAGCGAGGUCUCGACUGAGCUUAUUGAGCUUUGGGAAGCUGGUGUCAACAGCAAAGAAAAAGUCAACCAGCUUUUCUUGAAGCACGACAUUUUGAGUAUCGUUCUACCUGUUGCUUACAAGACAAAGAGAUUCUCAUACCAGGACGUUCUCAGAAUUUACGAGUUCAACACCAAGGGAAAGCACAUUCUGUGUUCGCUCAUGACUGCAAUGGGUAAAAUCGCCAUCCAGGCUGGUGACAACUCUCGCGGUUUGGACAACUUGGAGAGCCUCAUGAAGGUCUUUGAGGAUGCUCCAAACAAACUGAAUGUUGUCCUUCACAGCUUGGGUGACUUGCAUUUGCUGUUCAUCGGCGAUUGCCAAGAUAUCAAGAUCGCUAAACACUUCUUCGACAAGGUCGUCAACUCCGAAUUGCCUUACAAGGUGGUGCUUAGAGCUCCUUAUGUUGCGAACUUGCUCCAAAACUCAUAUGAUACCAAGGUGCCUUUCACGACGAUUGCUAACAUCUGGAAACUGGCUAUCGAUUACUACACCAAACGUGGUUUUGAUGCGGCAUUGAAUUCCAAGUAUGCCAUCGUGAACAAUACCUUCUUCAAGAUUUUCUUCAAAGUUUACCCAGAGUUGAACGAGGAGGCCUAUACCACUCUCAAGCAGCUUAUAGCUACCUACAGCAAACCCGUGGAUGAAAUUCUCAUCAAUUCCAUCAUUGGUAAUUAUCACUGGAACGACAAGGUCGUUUUCAAACAAUUGAUGGACAAUUUUGAGAUCCAUAAUGUGCAGCGUACUCCAGUUUCGUACCGUGUUUGCUUGAAGAAGAUGGGAGAGAUUGAAGAUUUUACUAAUGAGGAGAUUUUGGCUCAGUGGUACGAGUCAUUGGCAUUCUUGGACAAGCAAGGCUUUAAUUAUAUUCCAAUCGCUGACUGGGCCGCUUUACGUGAUUCGACUAUCAUGAGUCCUUAUAGCGAAAAGAGGGCUUCCUUUUACGUGGCGGUGUUGGAUGCAUUCAAGAACUAUCACCAAGAUGACAAGGCUUGUCUUCGUUUCGUGAGGUGGUUUACCGUCCGUGACCAGGCUGUUGACAAGAUUGCACCCUUGUCUCUCGAGGACUCUUUCAAAAACGAGUGUGGCAUUGAUGUGGUUAUUCCAUCCUACCAGUCACUCAAAGAGAAUGUUAAUUACAAGGCAGUCACCAAGCUGCUUUUCAAAACCCACUUGAAGCACCUGUCCAUAAAAAAGGCUUCAAAGCUGGCCUAA